CCUUGUCCACACUCUUUCUAUCCGCGAGCGAACGCAAGGGCUCGAUAUCGCCAUGGCUUAUUGCUCCCUCUCAACCAUCGUCUCCUCGAGGUCUUCAACCCCGAUGGCUUCGUUGUCCCCAGCUGCUUCUCUUCCCUUGAAUUCCCGAUCCCUUCCGAAGAGCUUCCUGAGGUCGCCGACCAAGGGCUUCACUCCUUGCUCCAUCCGAUUUGCCUCUUCUAUGAGAUCUUCAUCAAGAAGAUUCGCAGCCAAGGCUUAUUUGGAGGGUGAUUUGCCAUUGGUUGGCAAUAAGUCUCCAGAUUUUGAAGCGGAAGCUGUUUUUGAUCAGGAGUUCAUUAAUGUUAAACUUUCUGACUACCUUGGGAAGAAAUAUGUUAUCCUGUUUUUCUAUCCACUUGACUUCACAUUCGUGUGUCCAACUGAGAUAACUGCUUUCAGUGAUCGCUACGCAGAAUUUGAAAAGUUGAAUACAGAAAUCUUAGGUGUUUCAAUUGAUAGUGUGUAUCUACGUCGUCCUCCAUGUGGAAUCUGGAAACUAGAGUUGUUUCUUAGCUCUGUUGAUUCUCCUCUGCAGUUCUCCCAUCUUGCAUGGGUCCAGACAGACAGAAAAUCAGGGGGGCUGGGAGACCUGAAAUAUCCAUUGAUUUCUGAUGUUACUAAAUCAAUCUCAAAAUCUUAUGGGGUUCUGAUUCCGGAUCAGGGUAUUGCAUUGAGGGGACUUUUCAUCAUUGACAAGGAAGGAGUCAUUCAACAUUCAACCAUUAACAACCUUGCCAUUGGUAGGAGUGUAGAUGAAACCUUGAGGACCCUUCAGGCAUUGAGGUAUGUUCAGGAGAACCCAGAUGAAGUUUGCCCUGCUGGAUGGAAACCCGGAGAGAAGUCUAUGAAGCCAGAUCCUAAACUCAGCAAAGAGUAUUUUGCAGCCAUUUAGGAACGAUGUUAUUGCGAUCAAGUGUUAAAGAGUGGACAGAGUUUUGUUGCCCAGCCUUUUCUUAUAGUACUAGUGAUUUUUUACUUGUCGAGUUCCAUGCUUGGAUCAAUAACUUCCAUAGUAGCUUACUAUGUAUGCUUUUUUACCAAAAUCACAUUUUAAUAAUUUUCUUUCUUGAACUA